AAGCAGGUACAAUCAACACGGCGGUCACUGAUGGAGGGAUCUGUUUAUUGUCUAGAACAAAAAUUGAGCAAGAAUACUCCAUCUCCGAGCAGAGCAUUCACUGUGGACACGGGGCAGGUUUUAGCUUUUUCUAGUACUUUCUGCGAAUUUUGCCCCACAUCCUAGUAGCCGCGGUAAGGUUUUCUUGGGGACAGGGGCAUCCCCACCGGCGGGGCCGUGGGCAGCCUGGGCGCGAUGUCAGCGCCCGCCACCACCCUUGGGCAACGGGCACACCGGGUGGGGAAGCAGCUAGGACUAUUUUUAGGUCAGGAACGGCUUCGGCUUCAGUAGUGGGCGCUCAAACAAGUGUGGAUGCUUUUAGGGCAAGCCGGAGCGGAGAGGGGGGUGAGGUGGGGGGAUGAGGGUAGAGCCCUCUUUCGUUGGGGGCCGACAUGGAGCCCCCGGCGCCGCGCGGUCCCCCUCUUUGUGCGGCUCCGAGGAAGCUCACCCUUCUCCCUGCGCGGAUCUUCUGCGAAUGGCCGUGCUCGAGGGCCUCCGCAACCGCGCCCGGGGCGCGCAGGCCGCGGGCAGGCGGGAUCGGGGACUCAGUAAAAGCGCAGCGCGCAGGCGAAAGAAACAUGGCGCUGGGAAGCAGUAUGUGCAAAAUCCGCAAGGAAUUGCAGUAAAUUCCUUUUUGUUUGAAGAAAAUUUACAACUUGGUAAUAGACCUUUUUAUGACCUAUUUGGGCUCGUCAUUGGCUGCGGCUGGUCAUGUGCAGGCAGCGAGCGCUUUCAUGGCCUUUUCCUGAUUUCCCUGGCGAAUUUCCCCCUGCAUUCUGCCUUCAGAGAGCCUCAGCCCCUCUUUUUCUAACCUUUGUCUAGGCUGAGGUGUAUGGCAGUCGCCCUCAUGUUUGUGCCCUGCACCCUAAAGCCCGCGGCCGGUCCCGCCGUUGCCGUGCUGACACGUCCCCAGACCCGCUGCGCUUCCUCUCCCGCGACAGGGGGGGAAUGCGCUGAGCUCCGCGCCCGCCGCCGCGCUGGCUCCAGCCCCCCGCUCCUCUCCCGCCGCUUGUUGCCGACACAUCCUCCGGCACACGGAUUGCUACGCGGGUGCAAAAUGGAUUACAGCGACCGUCCCGGGCUCCUCCGCCGGCGGGCAGUGCCGCGAACCGGUCCGUGCCCACGGAUUAUCCAAAGGAACCUGAAGAUCCUACCCAGACAGUUAAAGUCAAAAAUCAAGAAAAAACAUAAGUGUGGUGGAUACGAGUGGCCCGGGCCGACGACGUGAGGCGCGGGGCGGCGGUCAAUGUUAUUUGAGCGGGGGCCGCGGGCCUCGGAGAUAGCAGAGCGGAGGAUGCAGAAAGCCGCUUACUACGACAACGCGGGGCUCUUCGGGGGCUACAGCUACAGCAAGGCCGACGCCUACCCCUACGGCGCGACCCACCAGUCCUACGGCCAGGCUGGCCUGGACGGCGAGUACCCCGGCUCGGCCUGCUCCGUCCAGGGCUCGGCUCCCGGCCGUGCCCCGGCCCACAAGGGCAGCGAGCUGAGCGGCAGCUGCAUGCGGACGGCGGGGGGCGGCGCAGGGGCCAGCCAGCCCUCGGGCAUCGGCGAACAGCAGCCCCCGGCGCUGCCGCCCUCCUCCCCGCCCAACCCCCCUCCCAGCGCGCCCCCUCCGAAAAAAAACAAGGGAGGCCCCAACUCCUCGGGCUCAACCACCGCCACCCUCAGCAAGCAGAUAUUCCCCUGGAUGAAGGAGUCCCGGCAGAACUCCAAGCAGAAAAGCACCUGCGCCCCUUCAGGAGAAAGCUGCGAGGACAAGAGCCCCCCCGGGCCGGCCUCCAAGCGGGUGCGCACAGCCUACACCAGCGCGCAGCUGGUGGAGCUGGAGAAGGAGUUUCACUUCAACCGCUAUCUGUGCCGGCCGCGCCGGGUGGAGAUGGCCAAUCUUCUCAACCUGACCGAGCGGCAGAUCAAGAUCUGGUUCCAGAACCGCCGGAUGAAGUACAAAAAAGACCAGAAAGCCAAAGGCAUCAUGCACUCUCCCGUCGGACAGUCCCCGGACCGCAGCCCCCCCCUGAGCGGCCCAAACCACGUCGGCUACUCCAGCCAGCUCCCCAGCGUCAACAGCCUCAGCUACGAUGCGCCCUCGCCCACCUCUUUCGCCAAGUCCCAGCAGAGCAUGUAUGGGCUGGCCGCCUACACGGCGCCGCUGAGCAGCUGCCUGCCGCAGCAGAAGCGCUACGCGGGCGCGGAGUACGACCCCCACCCCAUGCAGAGCGGCGGCGGCGGUUUCGCCAACCCCAGCCUGCAGGGCAGCCCCGUCUACGUGGGGGGCAACUUCGUGGACUCGAUGCCGGCCUCGGGCCCCAUGUUCAACCUGGGGCACCUGCAGCACCCCUCCUCCGCCAGCGUGGACUACAGCUGCGCCGCCCAGAUCCCCGGCGGCCAUCACCACGGACCUUGCGACCCCCACCCCACCUACACGGACCUCUCCUCCCACCACAGCUCUCAGGGACGGAUGCAGGAGGCACCCAAGCUCACGCAUCUGUAGCGGGGCGGCGGGCGGCGGGGCCCGCUCCCCUCUCCAUUACCUCACUUUUCUGACGGGACAGUGUUACUUUGCUCUCGAGUGCCAACAGUGUUAGUGGAUUUGUCUCCCCUAGCAGCUCCCUUCUUCCGCAGCCCCGGGUAGGUCCGCGAGCAGGAGCCUUUCUCUUAGAGCUGUGUUUAAGCAUGACAGUGCAAUAUACUGCAAACCGAGGGACUGGUAAGCUGGUAAUGAUGUACUUGAAGGUAAGUUUUAGACAUGCCGUAGUGUUAGCAGCUCGUCAUGCUGAGGUGUUUUAGAGCAGGGGUGAGCGGUGGGAACUCGCCCGCGCGUAAACUUAUUCCAGAGAAGUUAAUUUAUGAAUUCUUCCGUAACGUAAGGAUCGCAUUGGACUAAACGAUAUGUAUUUAUUAUUUUAAGCGAGACAUUUUUGUAUCACUGAUUAUUUAUCCUCGUCUUAAUGUAUUUAUGUGGGUAUUUGUAGAGUUCCUUCACCAAUACUUCGGGAGAGCGAUUCAGGUCCGUGGUGACUGACAUUUCCACCUAUUUAGUAUAUUCGGUCUGAGCUAGUUGAGAGAGUAGUCUUGAACAGU